UUUAGAUACAAGCAUCAUGAAACCUCUAGCGCAAUAAAUUAAUUUGACUUGGUGAAAAUCAAUUUUUUGGGGACAUAACUUGCUUAACACUUUUUCCAAGUGGUAUCUUCCUUCACAGACUCCAUGACAUGAUGACCUCUUCCUAAAAUGUGGUGAAAUGAUUAAUUUUGUGUGUGGUUUCCUAGAGGGUGGCUCAACCUCCCUCCCCCUCUUGUUUCCACAAUGUAACCCUGCACUCUAACAGAAUCCUGAGAAGAGACAAGACUUCAUUUUUAACUUCCAGGGACGAGUCAGGGGAAUUGAAAGAAACUGAGCCUGAAGGAGUUCUGGCCUGUGUUUUUUUUAAAUUUACCGUAAGAUUAUUUUAACUAAAUCAUCAAGAAAGGCUUGUUGUGUCUAGGUCAAAUGAAACAGCUCUGAUUCAGCAGUUUAAAGGGGUUAAUGUAUCUUCCAGAAUAGGAUAUUUGCCCCCCAAACACCCACUGUGGGUGAUAAUAGUCCUUCCCUGGGUCGUUUCGCAAUAAAGAUCAUAAACAAAGCCACGUGUUGCUGCACAGUUUCCAAAAGGGGGCGGAGCUCAAGUGUUUACUUUCCGGAUUGUUCGCUGGAGAAUAUAAAGGCAGCUGCGCAGUCACAAUACUAGACAAGACAUCAAAGACAAUACUUUAUUAAAGACCAGACGGCAGAGGAAAAACUAAAUAUCUGCAUCUUAGAACAUUUAACGCUCUUCAACAUAAAGUCGGAACUGUAAUCUUCUUUCGGCACUGUUGAUUUAAACUGUCGAGAAUGCCUUUUCUUGGACAGGAUUGGAGGUCCCCCGGUCAGAGCUGGGUUAAAACUGAAGAGGGAUGGAAAAAUUAUUCCUCAGACGACAAAAACAGCAAUGACUCAGACGUGAGCUAUUGCAAAACAGAGGAAGAGCGCUUCCAGGAGAAUGUGCUGCUGGCAUACGACAUGGCAGUUAAGAAGAGAAGGAAAGACUUCAUGAACAACAACACAAAGAUUCCUUAUUUCCACAAAGAGAAAUGGAUUUAUGUUCACAAAGGAAGCACUAAAGAGCGCCAUGGAUACUGCACACUGGGAGAAGCUUUCAACCGGCUGGACUUCUGCAGUGCCAUCAAGGACAGCAGGAGGUUCAACUACGUCGUACGGCUGCUGGAGCUCAUUGCCAAGUCCCAGCUGCCCUCGCUCAGCGGAGUGGCUCAGAAGAAUUACAUGAACAUCCUGGAGAGAGUGGUGCAGAAAGUCCUAGACGACCAGCAGAACGUUCGUCCCAUCAAGGAGCUUCUCCAGACCCUGUAUGUGUCUCUGUGUGGCCUGGUGCAGGAUAUGGGGAAGUCUGUUCUGGUGGGGAACAUCAACUGUUGGGUCCACCGCAUGGAGAACAUCCUACAGUGGCAACAACAGCUGGACAACAUUCAGAUCAACAGGCCUGUGUCUAAGGGUAUGACCCUAACGGACCUGCCUGCCAGCUUGCAGCUGAACAUCAUGGAGCAUCUGUCAGAUGGCAGGGACCUGGUCAGUCUGGGACAGGUGACUCCAGACCUGGGACAGCUCACUGAGGACAGGCUGUUGUGGAAGAGGCUCUGCCAGUACCACUUCACUGACCGACAGAUCCGUAAGCGUUUGAUGGUGUCAGACAAGGGUCAGUUGGAGUGGAAGAAGAUGUACUUUAAGCUGUGUCGCUGCUACCCUGUCAGGGAGCAAUACAGCGAAACCCUGCAGUUCUGCACACACUGCCACAUCCUCUUUUGGAAGGAUACGAACCACCCUUGCACAGCCAACAACACAGAGAGCUGCUGUAAGCCGGUUUCUCCACAAGGCUUUAUCAACCUCUUCAAGUUCUGAGAGCCACACAGAGCCUGAGUGACUUGGUACAUACAGUACAUAACUGUUCAUAGUGCAAUCGGUGGAUUCAGACAGGCCCUGAGUUUGUGUAUAGUGGUGAUGGUGCAUUUGAUUCCUGGUCACCGUGACACCGGGGAGAGGAAGCAGUGGGGAAAUCAUGCAAUCAAAUUCUUGGUUGGGAGAGCUGAGGAUUCUGGGAGAUGGACUUCUACAGCUGAGAACAAGUGAAUGUGACAAACUGAUCAAAGGGAGGUGGAACAAGAGGGGGAUGAGGUGAAACAGAGUACUCUGAAGUUUAUUAAAUACGUUUUGUCCUUUUUUAAAAUUUAAAUUCAAAAUGAAAUGCAUUUCUCUUCCUAGCUGAGUUAUAACAUUGCUACCGUAACAGCAUACUUAGUUUAAACGUUUUCCAGAAAGGAAAUAAAUUGCAAAACUACAUUUGUUUAGUUUUAAAUAGGGCUGUCAAACGAUUAAAAUAAUUAAUCGGAGUUAAUAGAAUUAGUAAUAAUUUAAGAAUUUGAUCAAAUUUGGCACUUAAAAACUAUUUGUUCAUUUAAAAAAAGCAGUGCUUUGAGUUAUAGGCAUACUAUGUUUUGAUUGUUAAGGAAAGAAACAAAAUAAUCUGUCAGUGUUUUUAAAAUGGAAUUUUCACUAUAAACAACUCAAAAGUCACUGCUAACAUACAGAUAUUAAUGUUCCCAAUGUUUCAGUAGGUCUACUCCCUCUUAUCAAUGUUUCCGUAGGCCUACUCCCUCUUAUCAAUGUUCUUGAAGUUUAACACUUUCUCGUUUGCUACAAACAGACACAUGCACUCAAGUACUGAAAGCUUCAGGCAUUCCUAAUGAGUGUUUUCACAAUUUCUGAUUUGAAGGGUUGACUAUAGGAAAAAAAUAACUGUAUCCAUGGAGACAAAGAGCUUUUAAACCUGUCCAAUGUUAGGACUUCCACAGAAUACAUUAACGACAGAUGAGCCAGGUCUGAGUUCAUGUAAAAUAUCAUCCAGCUAUUAGAUCUAGCCUAGGAUACUUAUCCAUGUUCUUCAACAUGAACUAGUCACAAGCUGCUACUACUAGAAUUGGGAUCAUUUUCUGAACUCUUUUAACCUGAGAAUGGAUUUCCUGUUUUGAUUAAAAUCAUUGUGGGAAGUUAGCUAGCUAGUUGAAUCAAGAGGCAUUCAGCCACGGCAUUGUAAACAUUAUUUUGAUUAGCUAGCUAACUGCUUCUGUACAAAUUAUGUUUUUGCUGUUUUCUAAAGAAACGCCUGGGAAUGUGUUUAUGGUCUAACUUUAUGUACGUUUUCCUUAAAAACUGUUGCUCAAAGCUGUGCGCAUAGCCCACGACAAGGGACAAACAGCGCUACUGACACCGAGCGCAGAGUGACGGUGCACAGAGCGUGUUGUGUGUUGCGCUUAAAACGGUCCGUGCGGAAACGCGCUCAAAAGGGUCCGUGCGGUGAAUAAAUGGAGAUUCAAUAACGGUGUCCAAUUGUUUUUUACGUCGUUAAAAAUGUAGAAAUUGAAAAAAGUAGGGAAAUAUAUUAACUGAUUUGAAGUUUGAAAUUAGUUUGGCUCAAUUUCAAGUAAAACUAAUUUCAAAGUUUUAUGUGUUUUAACAUUUUUGGAAACUCAUUAUUUGACUUUUUUGAUGCUCUGGGAAAGUGGAGAGAGAAAUCCGGCUCUAGCUUUGACAUGGGGGACACAUCUUGGGAGAAUGUCGUUUUUUUUUUUUUACUAAGGUGUUUUUCACUAAAGUUGACUGGUAUGAUAUUCUUUGAUAUGGUGACUGCAUAUCUUUUCUAAAUACCCCCCUUUUUUUCACUUUUAUAUGUUUGAUAUUUACAAAGGUUUUUAUAUGAAUGUGUUGUAUUCUGCUUGUGUGUAGUGACUAGCUGCUAAUGCUACAGAGUGUAGUAUUAUUACCAACGAUAUUACAAAGACACUGAAUAGUAAUAAUAUUAGAGAUGGUGGUGAGCCCUACAAGAGCAGCUGGUGAAGAACAGGAGUGGGAUGUUUUCAGAUUGUGUUAACUUUGUCAUCUAGGAGGCAUUUAUUUACAAGAAGAACUGACAUGGUACUGAAGGAGCAGCUUUGAAAACCAAUAUAUAAAAAAGCUUGAAGGACUUUAAUGAUUCAAAACAUGUUUAUUUAUGGCUUCCUGCAUGAUGCUGCUUUUUUUUUUAUAUACCCAGAUGUUUUUCUUUUCUAUAUUGAAUAACCUGUGUUGAUGGGUAAAGGAAGCAUGAUGGAACUACUUGUUGAAUGGUGCAAUCUUGACUCUGGGUGCGUCCCAAAUAGCACCCUAUCCCCUUUUAUAGUGCACUAUAUGAGCUCUGGUCAAAAGUAUUAGCGAGCCAUUUGGGAUGCAGCCUUAGACCCGUAUUCACACUGCCUAGGCAGUAGAGUAAUGUCCAAUACAUGCAGUGUAAUUCUAAUGUGUCAUGUUUCUGUUCAAUAAAUAAACAAACUGAAAAUA